AGACUCACCACCAGCAUGCUGAAGGUGAAGAGGCUGGAGGGGAUCAGCUCCUGCCACAGCAGCAACCCCCUGGAGAAAGUGGCCUUUUUCCAGUGCAUGGAGGAGGUGGAGAAGGUGAAAUGUUUUCUGGAAGAGAAUUCUAGUGAGCUGGAUCUGCAGGCUGGACACCAUGAGGCUGAGGAGAACGUGUGGUCCAACCCUGCAUUGAAUGAAAGGGCAAUUGUUGCCGGUGGAAAGUCACCAGCCCUCACAGAUGAUGUCCCCGCUCCUGCAGCCCCAUUUGAUCACCGGAUUGUAAUGGCCAAACACGCUGCCGUGGACAAUCUGUACGCCGUGAGCAAGUCUGAGAUCCUAGGAGGGGGGCGCUUUGGCCAGGUUCACAAGUGUGAAGAGAAAGCAACGGGCCUGAAGCUGGCUGCUAAAAUCAUUAAGAUCAGAAGUGCAAAGGACAAGGAGGAUGUGAAGAAUGAGAUUAGCAUCAUGAACCAGCUGGACCACGUGAACCUCAUUCAGCUCUAUGAUGCCUUUGAGUCCAAGCAGGACGUCAUCCUCGUCAUGGAGUAUGUGGAGGGUGGGGAGCUGUUUGAUCGCAUCAUUGAUGAAAACUGCAACUUGACAGAGCUGGACACCAUCCUGUUCAUGAAGCAGAUCUGCGAGGGGAUAAGGUACAUGCACCAGAUGUACAUCCUCCACUUGGAUCUCAAGCCUGAGAACAUCCUGUGUGUGAAUCGGGAUGCUAAGCAAAUAAAAAUUAUUGAUUUUGGAUUGGCCAGAAGAUACAAACCCAGAGAGAAACUGAAGGUGAACUUUGGAACCCCAGAAUUCCUCGCCCCUGAAGUUGUGAACUAUGAUUUUGUUUCCUUUCCUACGGAUAUGUGGAGUGUGGGUGUUAUCACGUACAUGCUACUCAGUGGCUUGUCCCCGUUUUUGGGAGAUAAUGAUGCAGAGACGCUGACCAACAUCCUGGCAUGCAGGUGGGAUUUAGAGGAUGAAGAAUUUCAGGACAUCUCAGAGGAGGCCAAGGAGUUCAUCUCUAAGCUCCUCAUUAAGGAGAAGAGCUGGAGAAUAAGUGCCAGCGAAGCUCUCAAGCACCCUUGGCUGUCAGACCACAGACUCCACUCCAGACUGGCCCAGAAGAACUCUAACUCUGGUGCACAGAACCUCACGACCAAAUAACUUGAGGAGUGAG